AUGCCUGAUGCUACACCAUUGCCUCAGCUCAGUUCUCAUAUCCUACCCACCUACCUAUGUCAUCAUCGUGAUCAUGCUUUGUACGCACACAGAGCCCUCCAAACCUCGACGUCGGAUCUGGAUCCUGGACGCUGGGUGGGAGGAGCAGGCCUGACCCCUGUUCGAUGUCGUGCACAGUGCACACACGACGGCAAGUCAGCAUGUGUGGCAAAGCAGAAGAAGGUCGUUGAGCCAUGCCGUCGGAUUCGUGGUAGCACCCACAUCCUUCAAGAGCACCCGCACAAGGUCUCGGACACUGCGUGUGCCCACGAUGCCUUUGCCUGGCCGCUGGCAGCCAUUGGAGAAAAAGGCGGGAAGAAGAAUAAUGGUACUGACCGCACAGAGCAUCAGGAUCCAGCAGGACUGUAUUUCCGUCCUCCGUAUCAGUGCCAGUCAAAAUCUCUCGGCGAUGGGCGUGGGACAUGGGAUGAAGAUUUGACUAUUGACUAUUGA